GCCGCGGCAGGGCACGGUGGCAAGCCGCCAAAAUAGGCAUCCUGGUCUCGCGAGAACCAGCCAGCCACCCACACCACAGCCAAGAAGCGGCGGCGAGGGCGAGCGGGCGAUAAAAUCGCGGCCUCUCUCCUCUCGGCUUCGAUUCCCAUCUUCGCCUCGCCAACUCCAACUCUCUCUCUCUCGCUUCCUCGGCAACAAGACGAACAACUCUGGUUUGAGCACACACGAAAAUGGGUAUCUUCAGUGGAACGCCUCCUCCGAGCUGCCCAUCAGCUCCACAUUGCGCGGAAUGGGCUAAAGUCUAUCUGAAGUACUGUCUGUGCAGUACAAAGGAUGGUGUUGCCCUGGGUCUUGGACUGGCUAGUGUCCUCAGUUGGGGUAUCGCCGAGGUGCCGCAGAUCAUAACAAAUUACAAACAGAAGUCAACAGAAGGCCUUUCUAUUGCCUUUCUCAUGACCUGGAUAGUUGGGGACUUGUUUAACCUUGUCGGCUGUUUCCUGGAACCUGCUACUCUGCCGACACAGUUUUACAUGGCAUUGCUAUAUACCAUCACAACUGUGAUUCUCACUGGACAGACAAUAUACUAUAGCCACAUCUACCAUCUUAGAGUAAAGAAAACUGGGACAACUGCCAAGUCUCAGAAACAUCAACGAGGGGAUGCUUCAUUGCGCGAAAAGCUUUUGGGACAUAGGGACGAGGCAUUCAAAAAUAAUAUUCAGUCAGGUCCGAUUAUUCCUAUCCCGAGCUCACCAAUCCAGGUGAACACAGAAGUAUUCCGGCAACGUCAUGGUUCAGUCAGCCCCAGCUCAGACUACUACUAUGCGUCAGCAAGAUCUCUAUCGAGGAGCCCAGUGCCUACAGGUACAUGGUUGGGGAACAAUCGCCAGACAACAAAAGUUCCUCCACAAAUGAACGACGAAGGUGCAUCUUUAUUUGGCGAGUUUGUUCCAGCACAGUCUGCACCAGCUGCUAUUACAAAAAAUUCCCUCUCAGUGGUACCAUGGAUUUCUGUUGUCUUGGGCAUGUGUGUGUUGCAUAUUUUGGUUGGAACCGCGCACAGGGAUGCUUCCAAUGAAAUUAUAAUCCCUGUCGGCAGAAAGCUCUUAGUUGUAGCGGAUGACCAUGCAGGUUCAUCUCUGAGCCAUGGCAGUAGAAGUGGAAUUGGAAGCUUUCUUGGUUGGGCCAUGGCAGUUAUCUAUAUGGGCGGACGACUUCCCCAGAUCUUCUUAAAUAUGCAAAGAGGCCAUGCCGAGGGGCUCAGUCCGCUAAUGUUUACCUUUGCUUUAGUGGGGAAUACGACAUAUGUAGGGAGUAUCCUUGUGAAUAGUUUGGACUGGGCAAGACUUAGACCAAAUCUGCCGUGGCUUGUAGAUGCUGGAGGAUGCGUUUUGCUUGAUUCUUUCAUUAUUCUUCAGUUCCUUUAUUUUCAUUACCGGAAGCAAAGUGGGCGUGAUGAACUUGACAAUUUGGAUAAAGCCUAAUGCACAACAAACAAAGUAUUUCAUUUCUUUUCUUCAAUGGAAAAGACAUGGAGCUACCACCCGCGUGGGGAUUGUGCAUUUUUCCUGGAAAGCUGCGCAAUAGCCACUCCCCGUGCAGAACUGCAGAGACAAGGUUCACAUGCUUAAUUUGCGGUGAAUGAGCUGCGGCUCCGCAUGGUUAAGGGAUGAAAUCUGUUAAGGGAUAGAUGCAGCAGUCUGCUGUGUUAGAAUACAAAAAAUGUGUCAUGUACUCGGGGUCAUGCUAUAUCUGUACAUCGUAUGGUGAUUUGCAGUUCUUCAUGCUAUCUCUAUUUUUGUAGCGGUGCCGUCUUGUGUAUGAUCUGGCCAUUGUUGCCGGAUGCUCAGAUUCAAAUACGCGUCGAGGCCCCAUCCUUUGACUCUAAA